AAAGACUUUAUUUAUUCAAGGAGGACAUCGACUACAGAGGACUGAUAUGUUUUGGCUCAGAACUCACUGACUUCAAUGAUGAACUAAUUCAGAGUUGUGAGGAUGUUGCAGAUAGGAUUAUGGGUUUUGUUGAUCAACAGGACAAACUAUCCGAGGAAGAUGAAUUAAAACUUCGAUACCUAGCUAUCUGCUCAUCGAUAAAUAAGUUUAAUGGACAGACAACAAACACAAUAAGUUAA